AUGGUUGAGACUCCACGUUAUGCUAAGCGCUUGAGCGAUGGUCUGCGAAAAUUGUCAAAUUGGGACCAAGUGGCUGACAUACAGUCCAACUGGAUUGGGAAAUGCGAUGUCUACCGAUUCCUGUUUCCUCUAAGGGACGAUAGGCAUCAACCAAUGGAAGAGCUUCUCGAUCUACGUGUAGAUGAUCCAAUAGGAGUUGCUCGAGCCACGUUUAUUGUCAUUCGCCAAGGCCAUCCAUUGAGCGAUCCUGAACGUUCCCCUGCUGAUUCGCCAUAUCGCCUUCCUUUCAGUGUUCUUGAAUGGAAUAUUCUGGCGUAUGGAUGCCUGUCAUAG